AUGAUCACGCUGGUAUUAGCAGCUCUGGCGGUGUUCCUGUUGGUGGUUUUUCUCGUGAAAGAACUAUACCGCCCUGCAAACUAUCCACCUGGUCCAAGAUGGCUGCCGAUCGUGGGCAACACGCCGAUGAUACGCAAAAUGGCGGCCCAAAAUGGUGGCUUGCUGAUCAACGUGUGUGACAAGCUGGCCGAAUCCUACCGCAGCAGCGUUAUUGGGCUGAAACUUGGCCGUGAGCGUGUUGUAGUUGGCCUCGGGUAUGAAGAUGUAAAGGAGAUCCUGACAAACGACGCGUUCCAGGGCAGACCGGACAAUUUCUUCAUCCGUUUGCGAACGAUGGGAACGAGGCUUGGGAUCACCUGCACCGAUGGACCAUUCUGGAGCGAACAACGAGGCUUCGUUUCACGACACCUACGUCAAGUCGGUUACGGACGUCAGGAGAUGCACGCUCAGAUUCAAACCGAACUCUCCGAGCUGGUGGACGUCCUUCAAAGCCACGGCAGUCAACCACUUUGGCCCGGUUCGAUCCUUGCCAUCAGCGUCAUCAACGUGCUGUGGACAUUCGUUACCGGUGCUCGAGUACCCCGGGAGGACGAUCGACUACAGCGGUUGUUGCAGUUGUUGCGGGAACGCUCGACCGUCUUCGAUAUGUCCGGCGGUACGCUAAACCAACUGCCGUGGUUGCGCUUUAUCGCACCCGAAUGGAGCGGUUACAACCUGGUUAGACGCUUUAACGCCGAGCUGAACAAGUUCUUCACCCCAACGAUCGAGGAGCAUCAUGCGAGCUACACGGAGGAGAAAGCCAACGAUGAUCUGAUCUACUCGUACAUCAAGGAGAUGCGCGAACGCAAGGACACACCGGAAACGAACUUCACGGAUCUUCAGCUGACGAUGAUCAUCCUCGACAUUUUUAUUGCGGGUGGUCAAACGACGAGUACCACGCUCGAUCUCGCUUUUAUGAUGAUGAUCUUCCGCCCAGACGUCCAGCAUAAGGUUCACGAGGAAAUCGACACUCAGCUGGCGCUGGAAGCCGUUCCACAUUACGACGAUCGCCUUAAACUCCCCUACGUGGAAGCGUUUCUGCUAGAGAUCCAGCGCUUCUUCAGCAUUGCUCCACUGAACGGUCCAAGGCGUACCGUUACCGAUUGUACGCUCGGUGGAUAUCGCGUACCAAAGGACACCACGGUUCUGAUGGGAUUGCGCAACGUCCACAUGGACCCGGAGCAUUGGGGUGACCCGGAAGUGUUCCGUCCGGAGCGCUUCCUCGACGCAGAUCGGCAGAUCGUCAACACCGAGCGGAUGGUUCCGUUUGGGAUGGGAAAGCGACGUUGCCUCGGGGAAACACUGGCCCGUUUCUGUCUGUUUACGUUCUUUGUUGGGGUGAUGAAGCGAUUCUGCCUAGUGCGACCGGAAAAGGACGCAGAUGAUAUGGCUCCGUCGAUGACAUUGAAACCGGGCAUAACGCUUUCGGCUAAACCGUACAAUGUCGUUUUCCAGCCUAGAAAGACAGCAGAGCGCCUGGGAGAAUGA